ACAUAAAUCUCAGAUAAACCCUAAAACGGCCAUUGGCUUUUGAGUUUUGAAGAAGGUUCUAGUCACUUUAUCAAGUAUUUAACCUCAAGGUCAUAUCCAACAGUUUCAUACCGCUACAAUUGCAAAAUCCCCAUCUUUUUUUCUUCUUUAUUUGUACUAUUUUUCUGGCCUUUUUGAUUUUGUGAGAUGGCAAAGCGGUUGAUUCCCACAUUUAACCGCAUUUUGAUUGAGAAAAUUACAGCUCCAGCUAAAACUACAGCCGGAAUUCUGCUUCCAGAAUCUUCUAACAAGUUAAACUCAGGGAAAGUCAUUGCUGUGGGGCCGGGAUCUCGGUCGAAUGAUGGGAAAAUAAUCCCUGUGAGUCUUAAGGAGGGAGACACUGUUCUUUUGCCUGAAUAUGGUGGCUCUGAGAUUAAGCUUCAAGAUAAAACGUAUCAUCUUUACAGGGAAGAUGACAUCCUUGGUACUCUGCAUGACUGAUUUUGAUUCAGAUAUGCUGUUUAUCUAGUCCUGCUUGAUACAAUAUGCUAGAAAAUUUCCAUUCUCAUGUGUUGAAUGGACAAAAUUGGAGAUGUUCUUGUUUUGCAAUACUGAAACUCUCUCAAUUGGAGAUUUUGAAUUCUAGGAAUUUUUUCUUGGAAUAAUGUUGAUUGUGUGUCACUUUUUAUUCCAUUGGGCAUUGGCUAAUGAUAUGGUCUUUAGUCUUUACUCAUGAAUUGGCACAUUGAUCUCAAUUCUUAGAAUUAUCUUAAUUUUGUGCUUAUUACGGAAAUGAAUUAAGACGGUUAUCUUUCGAGAAAAAAAUGUUACAACUAAUUUUAGUUUU